AUGGUGAUCAGUGGCAGAAAGACUACCCUCUUUAGCCAACCUAGGAGACUUUUGAAGCUUCUCUCUUUUAUAGCGGCGCCAUGUUGUUUGCAAAACACAAGCUGCCCUUGGUUCCUAUUGCUACAAAUUAAAGCUGUUACUGGUGGACCUAUUAAGGAGCAAGAAGGUGCAGCUGCACCUCCUCUUGCUGGAAAAUCUCUUGCAGCUGCAACUAAGGCUGCCUGA